AUGGGGUCCCCGGGCAAUAGAAAAUCAGGGGCCCCUGUGUCCUCGCCCACACUCAAACCACACAAACCCAAAAAAGCCUAUGAAAGGUACCAGGGGCAUCUCAUGGGGCCCCCUACUGACCCAGAGCAGCUAAAUGGUCAGGCAGCGGACAGAGGUCAGCAGUGGGAGUGCACAAGAGGGCAGUGGUGGUCUGUAGGCAGGGGUGGCCUGACAACUCAUGGGGCCCCGGGCAAUAGGGGAUCAUGGAGCCCCUGUGUCCUUGCCCAAAAUCAAAAAAGCCUAUGAAAAAGGUACCAGGGGCAUCUUAUGGGGCCCCCUACUGACCCCUGGCCCUCGGGCUGUACCCGAGUUUCCAAAUGGUCAUUCCGCCCCUGUC